AUGGAUCCCAGAAAUAACAACACAAAUGCUGAAAGUAGUGGCAACGUGGGGGCUUCCAGCAUAGAUGGCAGUGACCUUGAACAGGUGCUACGUAGUGCAAGCCAACAGGUCAUGACAGGGAUUGUGUGGAACUAUAGGGGACAGAACUGCCCACCUGCUGACCCGAGCUACACUAUCGAGCAAUUUACCUACAUGAAUCCCCUGACUUUUACGGAGGGAGCCGAUCAAAUCAUUGCAAAGGAAUGGAUCCAAGAGAUGAAGAGUAUAUUGAAAGAGGUAGUAUUCAAACCUCCAGAAGAGCAAGAGUACAGGUUUGUGGGGACAAGUGUGCGUACCCCACCACCAAUAUUAUCAGUAAUCCAAGCGAGGAGGUUGCUACAGGAGGGAUGUCAAGGAUACCUGGUUUGUGUAAAGGAAGCAUUAGAAGGGGAGUUGAGGUUAAAGGAUAUCCUGAUAGUGAGAGAUUUUCCUGAUGUAUUUUUGGAAGAUUUGUCGGGACUGCCUCCUGAUUGUGAAAUGAAAUUUGCUAUUGAUCUGUCUCCGGAAACAGCGUUGAUUUCUAAAGCGCCGUACAGAAAGGCACCAGCGGAAUUAAAAGAGUUGAAAGAACGGCUAUAG